AUGAUUGAAGAGACUACUCCAUCUAGUGCUCAGCCCAGUCAGACAGGUAUGAGUGCUGAAGAUUUGGCUCGCUUGAUGAAGGAGAUGGAGAUGUCUCGUUACCAAGAGACCAAGCAGCUAUGCGAGUCUCUGAUGAAGAUGACUGUAAGUCCACAGGCUAAGGUAGAAUGUAGGUUACCAGGGCUCCACAGACUAACAGGAGAUGAUGAUAUAUCAUGUUAUCUCAACACUUUUGAACGUAUGGCAACAGCGGAAGAGAGGCCUAGACAUGAAUGGGCUAAACUGCUGGAACCGUACUUGACAGGGAAGGCCCAACAGGCUUUUCACUCCUUGAGCUAUUCAGAAAAGGAAAAUUAUGAUGCUGCUGUACAGGUUAUCCUACGGAGGUAUCAGCUAACCCCGGAAGCCUAUAGAGUUAAAUUCAAAACCGAUAGUAAACAAGGUGAAGAAACCUUUGAGGAAUAUGCAAACCGUCUCCAGGACAACUUCUGCAGGUGGCUGGAAGUAACGCCUUCUACGUUUCACAACCCUGAAGUCAGACGGUGCUUUGAUCUGAUCAUGAUUGAUCAGUUUUUGAGCACUGUGGUUGAUGAAACAUUACGGCUGAAACUUAGAGAGCGCAAUGAAUGCUCACUCAUUGCCUUAGCCCGCACAGCAGAUGAGUUGCUCUUGCAUAGGCGAGCUAAUUCAGUAGCUCGCAGAGAUGAGGCAAAUUUCAGGAAGAAGCAUGGUGGUACGACUGAUAGUCGUCCAAACACUGCUAGUUAUUCCCAAGGUCAUACUAACUCAAAUCCUAACCGCAGAGGGACAUUUAAUCAGAAUUGUUACCGCUGUGGCCAGCUGGGGCAUAGGAUUGUGGAUUGCCCCAUGCCACCCCCAGUAAGGUCUGCCAAAUACACCUUCACACCCAACACACAAACACCUGCACCAAACACAAUACAACAUAGUUCAGAAACAGGCAACUGUAACUUUGUAGCUCCAGAAGAGUUAAUUACUCCUAACUUGUCAGAUGUCCCAAAGAAAGGACUACCCAUGAUGGAACUUGUUCUGAGAGGAGAGACAGAAGCACAUGUUAAGACAUAUGGGCUAGUAGACUCUGGGUCUACGGUUUCGCUCCUGCCAUCAGAUCUCUGUGACAAGUUGUCUUUACCUGUGACCCCUUGCAGUGAGGGUACCACUCUGAAAAUUCUCGGAGAAAUGACCGUGACUCCACAUGGGGUAACAAGUGCAGAAGUAGAGUUCGGAGUUAGUACCUUGCAGGUUAAAUUUCAGGUAGUCAAGACGUUGCCAGCUCCAGUUCUUUUGGGAGUGGAUUUUGCUCAUGCAGUAAAAUUGGUAUUGGAUUUUGGCGAAGGGUGCUUUGGAACCAGUUUCGGGGUUGAAAAACCUGUAAAGUUUCCUAUGCUAGGAAUGCAGUCUGGAGAGCCAGAGUACCCAGAUUAUGAACUCGACGAGGGCAGGGAUACUAUCCCUGUAUCUUGUGGAACCAAGUUAGAUGUUUCAGCUACUGAGCAGGCAGAGCUUGAGUCACUCCUGGGUGAUUUCAAGGAUGUUCUUUGUGACAUUCCAGGUUUCACAGAUGUUGAUUGCCAUCACAUUGAUGUGGGUGACGCUACACCUUCUCGUUCACAUCCUUAUCGGAUUGGUCCUGAGCGGAAAAGAGCCCUAGAUGAAGAAAUAUCGAAACUCUUGGAAUGUGGGAAGAUAGAGCCCUCAUCAUCUCCCUGGGCUUCCCCUGUUGUCAUGGUGCCGAAGAAGGGAGGCACUUAUCGCAUGUGUGUAGACUAA